AUGGUGGAAGUUAUCACCGUGUUCAUGGAAGGAAGAGCAUUGAAUUGUGGGGCUUCCUAUAAUUCUGUAUUACAUCCAACAAGAGUGGCAUCAAAAAAUAAGGAUUUGCUUCAAGGUCUUGCAAAAAAGGUAAAUCAGGCUGGACGUGAUCGACGUAAAAUUUUGAAUCUCUUACGUGGAUUCUUCUAUUGGUUGAAGAAUUUGUGUAAGGAAGGAGCAUUUUUACCUUGGAUGGACUCACAAUGUCUAAGCACCUUGCCACCAGUUAAACUCGGAGACUUGAAUUCGCAAAGAAAAACAUCCACUGGGGAAAUUUUGCAGUUUGAUGUAAGACCUAGCGUGUAAAAACUUUGGCAACUAGAACAAGUAGGCCGGAAUUCAGAAUGUUUUGUACAGGAUAUGUCACAAGCCAUCAAGAGAAACUCUUAUGAAAUGUUUUGAAACGUCGUUGUUGAACAUAAUUUGUGGCUUCCCAAAGCUAAAGUUCCAUUGCAUCCAUGCUUGUUUUAACUUUCUCCACCGUAUAGGAGCCCUCUGAUUUAGUUUAUCAAAGUUAGAAAG